CGUGCCAAAUCGGUCUAGAACCAUUGAUAUUCACUGAGCCUGACGGUGGAUGGGGUGUUAGUGAGUGGAUGCUAACGUUCAGAUGACGAGAAUCACUUUCUUCUUAGUACUUUUUGUGGCUAGUUGUAUCGACCAAAGUAUCGGCAAGGAUUACCAGAUAGCAAUGAUUUUGCCACUCGAUGACUUCCCUGCGGGGAAACCCAACGACUUGACGUCAACACUCGACGCGUCCGUGCGCGACAUCAACACUCGUCGCUACGGUCUGGCGAGCAACUUCACGUUCAAUGUGAGUGUGUGUAUACGACAGGUACGUGACAGAAAGCCGCUCGGAUCAUUCGCUGGUCUGUUUGAGUGCGCGAGCGACGGCAUAGUUGCUGCAAUCGCGCCGUUUUAUUCUGAUCAUGCGCAAGUAUUAGCUCAAAUAGGAGAGACGGGUGCAUUCCCUCUUGUAUCGACGGCACUGUCUAGAGAAGACGUGAGCGACUACUUGUUUGAGUCGACGACAAAUUUCUUCAGUCUGCAUACUAACAAUGUGUUUGAUGGUGUUGAAUUGAUUGAUGGUGGAAUAUUAUAUGAGUUUCAGUGGAAAGAAGUGGCACUCGUCGUUUCUGACACUCCUAAAACUAAGAAGGCCGUACAGCACUUUGAAAGUUUUGUUGCACAUUUGGAGGACAUUUCGAUUGGUAAGAAAGUACUUUUGCCUUCCUAUGGUUCGAGUGAUGACAUUGAGAGUGAGAUCAAGCAGCAACUUCAGACAAUACAAAAUUCUGGAUUGACUGUAAUUGUGGCUUCUCUUGAAGCUCACGAGGAAGUUUAUAGUCGAGUGUUUCGUAUUGCCAGUACUGUGGAGUUGAUUGGUGUGAAGAUUGCAUGGGUUGUUCUUCAUAUUCCUGAUUCCAUACUGAGUUGGGAUAACAAGACAUUGUUACAUAUGACUGGAAUAAUUGCUACUCGAGUUAAUGUUUCUACUGAUCAAUCUGAAUGGGGAAUAAACAGAAACAUUACUGAAAAUAGUGUGCUUGCCAACACAUAUGAUGCAGCAUGGGCUGUUGCCUUAGCCAUCGAACAUUCUCUGAAGGAAAGCGUCUCUUUAGAUUUUGAUACUGAUGAUGGCUUUGGUGUUAAGCAGGUGGUUGGCGGACAACAGUUUAUGGAGCAGCUUAGACGAGUAAACUUUCAGGGUGUUUCAGGCUAUUUAAAAAUGCAAAAUGAUAGCACAAGAGAGCCAAGAUUCGAUGUUUUGAAUCUAGUUCACAACGUCAAUCGUGGUUAUGAACUCAUUCAAAUAGGAAAGUGGAGCCAUGAACAAAGCUUGCAAUUGACUGGUGUGACUGUUUCUUGGUAUAAUGGCAGCCUAUGUAGACCAGCUGGGUUACGUGACCACUGUCGUCAUAAACUUCAAGUGCUGGUUCCUCGUGAGUAUGAUCCCUACAUUCGAUUCCAUCAAAAGCGUAAAGGCAAUGAACAGUUUUCUGGCUGGGCUAUUGAUGCAUUUAAGUUUAUAGGUAAAGGAUGUGUUGAUGGCAAUUAUGUGUUUACAUUAUGGAAUGGAACAUGGGACGCAAUGAUAGCAGAACUAAGGAAGCAAGAUACUAUCUAUGACAUGGCUGUCGCUCCUAUUAUUAUGACCAAAGAUAGACUGAAAGAUGUGAUAUUUACUCGCAAUGUUCGGCAAGUGUCUAUUCGUGCUCUUGUGCUUCGUUCUGACGUGACAUCUGCUGGACUGUGGCAGUUCCUUGAUCCAUUCAGUUGGAGGGUUUGGCUUAUGUGCAUUGGUUUCUUUGUGUUUACUGGAGUUAUAUUAUACCUGCUAGAGAGAAACAGAAAAACAUUUCCAGAAGGAGCUCCAGGAUUGUCAGAUGCCAUGUUUGUAUCUUUCUCAACGUUGACAUACACACAAGAUCAGGACAGUGUGCUUACAACUAUUGGUCGAGCAUACAUUGUAGUUGUCUGCUUUGUUGUUCUCAUCUUGACGUCCUGUUUCACUGCAAAUUUGACAGUUUUUCUACUCAAGACGCAGAAAAAUGUUCCAUUUGAUUCUGUUCGGCAAUUGCUGUCAGAACCCGUUGGAGUGCUCAAAGACUUGGGAGUCGAUUAUUUCUUAACAUCAAAAUCUGGUUCAGAUGUUUUCUCAAAUAUAAAUGUGUAUGAUUCAAUAGAUGAUGUCCUUAGUGCAUUAAAGAAUGGUACGAUCACUGCAUUUAUUGAUGAUUCAAGUGUGCUUGCAGAACACGAAGCAGAGGACCGGGAUUGUCGUCUGGCCUUAGUAUUAGACACUUGGCGACAAGUGAAUACAGGAUUUGUCAUGCGAGACACCCCGCUGCACAACACGUUUCUUAGUCAUUUUGAUGGGCGAGUACUGACAGCUUGGGACGAGCAAUUUUUUGAUGACUUGCAGCAACGUUAUUUUACCUCAUCUCGAGGUCAUUGUAACAGUCAAGAUUUGGGAGGUGACAACAAACCACUGGAUAUGUUUAAUUUGGGUGGCAUAUUUAUAUUGUUUGGUGGAGUAACAAUAUUUUGUUUGAUUGGAAAUGUGAUACGUUGGUAUUUGUACAAGAAAGGAAUAUUGAAAGUCGAUUUGUCUAGAGAACGACCGGGUGGACAUGCUACUGCACAGCUACUUCAUAGUACUGUCACUGGUACUACCGGUGUUGCAAAUGGUAUGCUACCAAUGGACACCACUCCAAGCAGACUCAAGGAAGGAGCUGGUGAGGGACCUGCUGGACAUGGUGACAGUUUGGCGCUUACUUCAUAUAACGAAGCAGCUGGACGUGUUAGACUGACUCCCUUGACAGUUACAGCACAUAAUAAUGGUACAUUGGAUGGACCAGGUGCACUGUCUUCAUACUUUACAUACCAGAUAUAAUAUAGCAAUUGACAUGUCUAAUUGUAGGGUGCCAACUGAGGGAUGCUACAUGUUAUUUCAUAGUAUGAGUUUUAGCAUAGAUGAAUAUUGAUUUUUGUAGAAAUUACGUUAGUGCUAUGUAUUGUGUCCAUACAGCACAAUGUAUAAAUAGUUUAAUAUGAGUUAAUGUUUGUGUGUAUGUAAAGAAUAGUUUUGUCAGUCCAUCUACCUGACAUGUAUUUAUUCUCUCAGAUAAAGCUUUCAUCACACCUUUAGAAACGUAAACUACCAAGUUCAAAGUAUGUGACCAUCCUGAAAGUCACGAGAGACUAUUUAAUUAACGAAAACACUGGCCACU